GUUUAUUUUCGGUGCCCCCAGGUGUCCAAGGCGGCCGCGGAGCUGCUGAGCUACUGCGAGGCCCACGCGUGCGAGGACCCCCUGCUCACGCCCGUGCCCACCUCCGAGAAUCCCUUCCGCGAGAAGAAAUUCUUCUGCGCCCUCCUCUGAACCCCCC